GGCCGAGCCUGAAUCAUGAUGGAGGGGUUGAAGAAGUCGUUGAAUAAUAUGGUGUCGGUGAAAAUCAGGGAGUAUGUGAAGGACUACUGCAAGAGGAAUGGCCUUCUGACGCUCUCAGUCUUUGCUGUGGUGACGGGCUGCGUGCUUGGAUUUGUCCUUAGGUCGCUCAACCUGUCCACACAGGCCAAGAUCUACUUCUCCUUCCCUGGAGAGCUUCUGAUGAGGAUGUUAAAGAUGCUGAUUCUGCCACUUAUCACCUCCAGUCUUAUGUCUGGUCUGUCAGCCAUGGACACAAAGGCAAGCGGCCGGCUGGGAGUCCUGACCAUCACCUACUACCUGUGGACGACCUUCAUCGCUGUCAUCGUGGGAAUCGUGCUGGUGCUCAUCAUUCACCCGGGGACAGGCUCAGAGAAAGACGGUCACCACGCCAGCUCAGGACCUGUUAUGACUUCUGCUGACGCUCUGCUGGACCUCAUCAGGAACAUGAUCCCGUCAAAUCUAAUUGAGGCAACUUUUCAACAGUACCGGACAGAUUUGGUACCAAUUGUGCAAAACUCUGAUAUAAAAGAGUCUCAGGCCAACUAUGUGUACGUCAUGCCCGACUACCACAACCCACGCCUGGGCCACCCAGUCUUCCUGGAGAUCACCCCUGCACCUGACAUCAAGUAUAAGAUCGUCCCCAGUACGAGCAAAGGCAUGAACGUACUGGGAAUUGUCAUCUUCUCUGCCACCAUGGGUUUGCUGCUGGGGAAGAUGGGAGAGCGUGGAGCACCACUGGUCAACGUGUGCCAGUGCAUCAACGAGUGCGUCAUGAAGAUCAUUAACGCAGCUAUGUGGUACUUUCCCUUCGGUAUUGUGUUCCUUGUGGCCGGGAAGAUCCUGGAUAUGCACGACCCGGCCCACCUGGGGGAGAAGCUGGGCAUGUACUUCAUCACAGUCCUGUCCGGUCUGUUUGUGCAUGGCCUCAUCCUGCUGCCUCUCUUCUACUUCUUCUUCACUCGCAAAAACCCCUUCUCUUAUAUCAGGGGGCUGCUGCAGGCUCUUGUCAUUGCGUUGGCCACCUCAUCCAGCUCAGCCACUCUGCCAAUCACCAUGAAGUGUCUCCUGGAGAACUGUGGGGUGGACCGGCAGAUCGCUCGCUUUGUGUUGCCAGUGGGAGCUACCAUCAACAUGGAUGGGACAGCUCUGUAUGAGGCAGUGGCGGCCAUCUUUAUCGCUCAGGUCAAUGAGUAUGACUUGGACUUUGGUCAGCUGGUCACUAUAAGUAUCACGGCAACAGCAGCCAGCAUCGGGGCAGCUGGGAUACCUCAAGCGGGUCUGGUUACCAUGGUGAUUGUCCUGACCUCUGUGGGGUUACCGCCUGCUGACAUCUCACUGAUUGUGGCCAUCGACUGGGUUCUUGAUCGCUUCCGGACAAUGAUCAAUGUUCUUGGUGAUGCCUUAGCUGCUGGGAUUAUGGCUCACAUAUGCAAGAAAGACUUUGAGAGAGCAGCCACUGCUGCGGCUGCUGCCAACACCCCUACCAGUAACGGAGGUGGUUAUCAACGGAGAGACACAGUAAUCUCCUUUGGUAACCAGAGUGUGGCUCUGUCUGAUGCUCCUCUGAUCGCACACCGUUGCGAUUACGUGUUUGAGGUGGACGGAGACAACGUGCUGGAGAGGCCUGUGCCCUGCUAUAACCUCUGCCAAGUCUGAGACACUUAAACGGGAUGGACAGCGAGGGAUUUUGCCUUCUACAGCACAGAUUCACCUCUCAGGGCCAAAAGGACCAUCAUCUGAGGCCUAAAAAUGCAGUUAGGUUUCCAUCCUAAAUGAGACCGAAGGUCAAAUAUAUUGUGGUGUCAGGGUUAGGCGGCUUAAAUGGAUUUUGCCCGUGCCAUGCCGAAAACAAAAACCUCCAUUACUUGAUAUAUACUGUAUACUGUAAGCCUCCACUCAGUUAUGACUGGAUGACAGGAGUUGUAUGGAAAUGCAUGAAGUAUACACAUAUAACCUAAAUCUAAACUCAAAUGCAGAGAUAAUAUGUUACAAUAACAUGCAUCAGAUGAAGAUUAGUGUUGAUCAGUUAGACAUUCACAGUAGACCUGUAUUAAUGAAGUCUGAUUUAGACUUAAGUCAAGGUUUUGAGUUGCCUUAACCUGAUCUCAGUUUUGACAAUAAUCCUGAGAACCUGAAAGACUUGAAAGAAAAGAGAAAGUGACGAGUGAGAGGAGAAAAUUCAUUUUGUUGCAGGGAACUUUUAACUAUGUUAGACAUGUAUUAGAUACUAAUGUGACAUUUACAAAAAUAUUUAUAUUACUGUAGAACAAAGAAAUCACUUUAAGAUGCUUGUUUUUAUACGUAUACUUUUGUGUUCACGUUUUUCUAAUAAAACCUGCUUUAUUCAAA